AUGCGAGUGAAGAAAGAUCAUGGUUUCAGUGAGACUUCAACUGAAGGGGGAUCUAGAACCCGUGAGGGGAUUGCUCUUGACGCGACUGGGUAUUCCUCGCCUGCGAUGGCGUACCUGGGCUUCAGCAGAUACCACCUCUCAGAGAGACCCAUUCGACGAUGGGAAGGGGGCCUCCUCGUGUGGUGGUACGAGGAGGACUUGCUCCACCCGAAGGCCGCCGCCGUGUGGCGGCCAGAGGUUGGGGGGUUGGAAGUGGUGGCCGCUUGCGCAGCGCCUGGCCUUGGCCUCAUGAACUCUCUCCUGGCCGCGUUCAAGGACUGCUGUCCGGCAGUGCCCGCUGCGACCUGGAAGUCGCGGUUGAGGCUGCUCUGGUGUCCGGUGCCUCCUGCAGUGCCCUUUGGACAGCUGCUGGCGCGCGACUGGCGGCGACAGGUUGGCAGCACGGAAAAGAUGGCCUGUUUGAAGGGUCACGUCCAGCUCCUGGGUGACCUGGACAUCGUCUGCGGCACGCGCCAACGCACCGGCACCUGGCUGGCCUUCGACGGCACAGAGCAGGUGCCCGCGGCCUGCAUGGCGCUGCAGAACUUCUGCCCCGAGCUGCAGCUGUCGACCUCCUUCGCCCUCGCGGCCAGCCAGGGCCGGGCGCCUGGCAGCGUGGUGCAGCUGAGGUGUCGCGUAGGAUUGAUCCCCAGCAGUGGAGAUUCCACCUUGGUGUGCGGCUCCGACGGCGUGUGGCGCAAGCCCGUGCACAGCCUGCCGCAGCCUCCUAGCGAGGUCUUACAGUGCAGCAUCAACCCGCUCUUCUGCCCCGAUCCGGGUCCUCUGCUGGAGCUGGGCGCCAGUCUGGUGGGAGCCUUCGAGAUGCACUUGAACGCCACCGUUUCGGUGAAUUGCAGCAUCGGCUACGAAGCCAGUGGGAUGGGCGAAGAGUCGGGUCUCUGUGGCAUUGACCCUGAGGAUGAUACGCGAGGUCGUUGGGUGAGCCCCAGCAGCGUCAGCAAGGGACAGGUUCCCUGGCGUCCACUUAGAUGCCGCAUGAAGCAGAGCUACUGUCCCUUGAUCCAGAUGGAUCAUGGUCAACUCCUGUCACUCUCGAAGGAACGCUACUUGGAGAGCACUGCCGAGCUGGGCUGCGCCGAAGGUUACGAAGCCUCCGGAGGCUUCUCCAGCUUCACCUGCCACGCCUCAACGAACUCGACUGGAGCAUGGCGAGCCAGUGAUGGCAUGUCAGAUUUGACCCAGAAGCUGCAGUGCAGCAAGAUCUCGCAGUACUGCCCAAUACCAAUGCCUCCAGAGGGAACUCACUUCGUGAUGAGUGCAGGGCUGGAAAUGGACAGCGUCUUGACCUUCGCCUGCGCCCUGGCGUAUGAAGCCAACGUGGCCCUGGAGUAUCCCCUGGAGCUCUUCUGCCUACCAGGCGGCACACCUGGCGUGGGGCGAUGGUCCACCAGAGAUGGCAAGGGCGUGGAUCCUGCGGAGUUCUUGAAGUGUCGGAAGAUGUACAACUGGUGUCCCCGCUUGGCAUUACUGGAUGGCCGCGUGAGCAAUUUGGUGAACAACCGACAGCUGGGAAGCACUGCAGAACUCACCUGUGAUCCCGGCUUGGAGAUGAAGUUUGGUGACUCGGUACUGGGUCAGAUCACACUCCAGGUGAACUGCACCAUUGGAACCACCGCUGGUGGAAUUUGGAUGUCUCCUGAUGGUCAAGACAUGGCGGGACAGCUGCAAUGCAGCCCCUUGAACUAUUGGUGUCCACCCGUCACGGCUUACACUAUCGUGAAUUCGGAGUAUCUGGAGAUGGAUCCCGAACUUCGCACAAUCAGCUACAGCUCACCAUGGCGCGCCUAUCGCAGCACCGCCACCGUGCGAUGUCGGGAGGACCGGCUGAUGCUGCACAGCUACGGUGACUCGGAGCUGGUCUGCGGCCUCGAUGCGGCCGGCACCGGCGGCGCGUGGCGAAGUCCCAGGGGGAUGCUGGCCAUCACCAAGCACUGUUUCUUCACCGGUUCUCCCAUCUUUGACACGACCUUCAUCGAGAACGGAUGCUUCAUGGGAGACUUCGCCGGCAUCCCGGACAACUUCACGAUUCCGGUCUUCUUCGAGCGCACUGCUGGCAUUCUCUUCUGGCAUAAGCCGACCGAGUGGCUGGUGGGCUCCAGCGUGCUGGAAGGAAACCAUGGAAAUGGCAGGUGGCGGAUUCAAUGGGCAGCGGAAGGCGUGUUGAACGCCAGGGUGGACGUUGGCGUUGGCGAACUGCAAAUGGAUGUGACACAGAACAUGACCAAAGGUCCAGGAGAUUGGUUCCACAUCGCCUUCGUCUGGGACUUGGGUGUAGGACUCGCAGGGAUGGGUCGCACCUACCUCUGGGUCGAUGGGGUGCAAGCGGAGCCGAUCGAGCCCAAUACCGAGAAGUUGACGCAUUUCAUCUGGGUGGACCCUGAAGAUCGGCUGGACAUUGGAGGUCUGGUUUCCCCUACCAGCCCUGGAGAGUACAGCAACAUCCGCGUCUACACCAGGGCAGUGCCUGAAGAUGAGGUGAUGAUCAUCUACAGUUCCGAAGACCCCACCUGUGGCAUGACCGACGACGUUUGCCCCACUCCCUGGUCCUACAAAUCGUACGUGGCACGGGUGGACAAUCCAGCGGACCUCCGCUACAGCCUCUUCCCUCGACGACCGGCCGCCGAGGUCUUCUUCAAAUGUGACCCUGGAUAUGCAUCCUUUGAUGGCGAUGAUCACAUCAUUUGCACCAGUCAAGGGACGUGGCUGAAGUAUGGAACCCAAAUUCUGGCCACGCCCUUCCGCUGCUGUCGACAUGCAACAGACUACUGUCCGGAUAUUGACCUCACCAGCAACCCCGGAGCCGCUCUGACAGCCACAGGCUAUGAGCUGCUUUCGGAGUGUGCAGAGGCACCUGUGGAUGGUCCGGAUCCAAGUACGGUGGACUAUGCGGGAUGUUCUCCAUUGACCUUGCAGCCUCAUGUGCUGGUGGAGCUGAACGACCUGUACAACAUCAGCAGCAUCGCAACCUUGAGUUGCGAACCGGGCUUCGAGCCGGUGUCUGAGAUGUUGAUGGAUAUGGUGUUGAUUUGCAUGAAAGGCAUCUUCGACCCCUUGACCUUCACGGGCGAAGUGCCAGGGACUUGGAUGGCCAUGGAUGGUCGAGUCCCGAGGCCUUUGAAGUGCCACGGGCAGCAGAAUUUCUGCCCCGAUCCGCGGCUUCCCAACAUGGCAUUAGUGUCUUUAUCGCAUCAGCUGCGAACAGGCUCAACUGCACAGAUGGAAUGCUUGGAAGAUACACAAGGUCAACCUCUGGAAGCCUUGUGUAUCAGGGACCCUGCCAACCACAGCAAUGGCAUAUGGGUGGCACCGCAACAUGGUCAUGUACCACUCAGCCGGCUGCAAGGAUGCAAGCGCGUUGAAACCAAUGUCUCCAGCCCAGAGGAGGAGUAUGGUCCAUAUGUUCCAGGCGCCCUCUGGUUCUCGGACGCCUGUGCCAUCGGCAGCAGCAUCAAGAUGGAUGCCUCUGUCACAGCUGGGGGAGGCACCGUGUCGAUGUGGUGGCAACUGCCAGAUUUUCAUCAGGAUGAUUUCUACGUCCUAUGGGCCGCAGUGGAUCCGCUUUGUACGCAAGAAGUUGAAGUGAACGUCUCUUCAGCCCCUGCACGUUUGGAGGGAUGCAUGCAAGUCUCCGUGAGCGACAGCAGCACCUUUGAGGAUUCACCCGAUGCCGUCACGGCGGUGAGCAAGGCUCUGGCAGCUGCGGGCGGUGUGGCGGAAGGAAAUGUGCAGGACGUCUCCAUCCAGUCCGGCGCCUCCUGUGCCCAGCGGCGCCUCGAAGCCGAAGGCGAGGACGAAGCCGAGGGCUCCGGCCGGCGCUUGCAGCAGAUGGCGCGGGAGCGUGAGUGGGAUGAGUGGCUGGCAAAGAAGAAAACUGAAGAGCAGGAAUAUGAGAGAACCGCAGGUCGAAGAAAAGGAGCUACCUUUUGUCAAGCGAAGAUCGCCGAACGACCUCAGCGAUGGAUGCAAAACCUUGUUGAACCGCAGCUGCUUGGAACCUUUGGAGGCGAGGAUUCUGGAGCUGAUGAGAUGCUUCGAGCCCAGCAGCGUGUGGAGGCUGAACUAGCAACUGGAUCAGAAAUGCAGCUAGAAGAUACAAAGGGCCCUGAAACCAUGGUUCCAGAAACCCCCAAAUCACCCGUGAAGGAAGAGAGUUUGGGAAGAGUGGAUGGACCUAGAAGUUCCCCGAAGCCCCUUGUGCCGGCUGUUCCUGAUCAGGAAAAAUCUCAGGUACCGCCUGUGACUCCUGAAAGUCAGGUGAGAACUGAGGUAAAAACACCAGCGCAGUCUCUUGAGGCCAAAGCUGAACCCCAAGGAGCCAUAGCUGUCCAACAUGGAGCUCUAGCACCUGCCGUGACUGAUGUGAUUGCGGCAGACUCCAAAAAGGUUGAGAAUGGAGGGUCGACUGAUCUUCAAAGAGCAUCAGACGUUUCUGGGCACCUGCAACAAGUUCCCAUGUCAGUGCAGACGCCGGGAGCUCAAUCUGGUGUUUCUCCGGUGCAACAGCCCCUUUUUGACGAUCAACAACUUCGAAGAUUUCAAGAACUUUUCAAUCAAGCCCCUUGGCUGUAUCCAGGUGGUCACAUGGGAUACCACCCUCCAGCCAUAGCACCUCCAGUUUCAAGACCACUUUUUCUUGACCAAGAUGAACGUAGGAUGCAAGAAACAGUUGGGAUGGGUUCGCAGUUUGUUUACCCAUACAUGCCAGCGGUUGGAGUUCAAGAGAGUUUGGAAUUGAAAAAAGGGAUUGAAGAAAUGAUGGAAGAGAAUAGAAGAUUAAGGGAAAAGGUUGAACGUCUUGAGAAGGCGCAGUCCUCCCAAUCCGAAGAAGAUCAGAAGUUUUCCACCCCAAAUGGAGACCACUUGAAAGAGGCUGAGACCCCCCAGGAGGCUGACAGACCACCAAAGGGAAGCCAGCAAUGGAGUGCGACAACGGGCCCAAUUGACCUCAAUGAUUGGAUGGCUUUGAUCGAGCCGAUGAUGUGUGACCUGAGCAACUCCAGUGCGCAAUGGUGGCAACAACUUGUCAUGGAGGCACACCUGUGGUAUCAGCGUCAUCUUCAACUACCACCCUUGGAUCGAGUAGCUCAUGUACCAGUUCCUUCAAAGGAUUUGGCCAAACAGAAAUGGGCACGACUUGAACGUCGAGCAUCUACGUUGUUGCUGAUGGCAGUUCCUGAAGGCCAAAGAGAAGAGCUCAUCUCAGCCAAAAGACUGAGUGCGAUGUCCAUAGUAUGCCAACUUCUUGUCACCUAUCAACCAGGUGGUCUUGCGGAGAAGGAGUUGAUCUUGAGGUCCCUUGAAGCUCCUCCUGAAUCAACGACCUUGGUGGAGGCCGUGCAAAGCCUUCGCAGAUGGUCUCGAUGGCGAAGACGUGCUGCUGACCUACAAAUUUCAGAGCCAGACCCGUUUUUGCUUUUGAAGGGACUCAACAGAAUCAUCCGCAAACCCUUGGAGGCCAAUCGAGAUCUUAGCUUCAGGAUCAGUUUGGCAAGGUCGACAUUGCAGGUGGACUCAACCCCAACUUCGACUUCGGUGACUUCCUUUGCACUUCACUUGGCUGCUGAGUUUGAACAGGAAAAAAGCGAUCAAUCACCACAGAAGCCAAGGAUUCAGAAGGCUGAGGGGGAGGAGAUUUCUUCACCCACGAGCUCUACGAAAGGAAAAGAGGAGGAGGUAUCCAAUGAAUCGGCAUCAAUGAAGGAGUUGCUGGAACAGGCGAACACUAUGCUCAAGUCAUUGACUUCCUCUACAACGACUUCCUCUUCAAGCUCUACUGCAGGAGCCACUGAGACCAAGGACGAGGUGAUGGGCCGACUUCAACAACAAUUGAACCAACUGAAGCUCAAGGUGUUUAAGAUCAAUCAGAUCUCACAUGGUCAGCAUCAAGGUUUGAUCGACUCUGGUGCCACACACCCUUUGCGUCCUCGAAGACCAGGUGAAUGCGACACCACCUACAAGCGGGUUUCAGUGACCCUUGCCAAUGGCGAAACUACUUCUUUGCAGGUGACUCCAGGUGGCAUCAUGGUCACAGAUCGACAUGACGUCGAGCCAAUUCUGCCAAUGGGACAGCUUGUCCAAGACUUGCAAUGUCAGGUAACCUGGGCUGAUGGAAUCUUGAAGGUCACCCAUCCAACACGUGGACCACUUCCAGUGCAAAACCGAGAUGGCUGCCCACAGAUUCCCAGAACUUUGGCCUUGGACUUGAUAGAAGAGAUGGAAACAGCAGGAAUGCAAAAGAAGAUGAAAAGUGUAGGUUUUGAGAAGGAGAAAAAAUGGAUGGAAGACUUAGUGCAGAGUCAUCCAGUUCUACGAGACCUUCCAGACCGAAUCAAAAGCCGACUGGUCACUGACAUUGGAGAAUGGAAAGACUUGCCGGUCAAUCGGCGCCAACGAAAGCGUUUGCAGAGAGACGGCUUUCUUGUGCACCUCUAUGCAGGAGAAUCUGAAGGGUUUACACUGUCAAGGGCAUGGAAGCAGCAAGGUGGCCAAGAGAAUCACCUCUUGGAGAUUGACUUGAAACGAGGCGAUGGUCACAACAUGUUGCUGGACAGCGGCGUUUAUGCUGGACUUCUUCGAGCAGUCCUCCAAGAUCGAAUCGACGCUUUUGUCGCUGGCCCCAACUGCAGAACCAGAUCAGUUCUCAGGCACUACCCAAAGAAGGAUGCUCCACGACCAGUGAGGGCUUGGAAAGGUGAAGAACAUGGGCUGGCCGAUUUGACUCCAGCCGAAAAAACACAAGUUGAGGAGGACGACAUCCUCAUGUGGAGAUUCAUCUUUUUGUGGAUGAUUGCAACUUACUUGCGUCGAGCUCGACAAGUUCAGAAGCCUGUUGGUUUUUUACUGGAACAGCCUGCAUCACCAAAGAACUACAUGCCACAAUGUGUGUCUUUUUGGGACACUGUCGAAUGGAUGAAGCUGAAGGAGGAGUUUGGAUUCGCUGAGACCACCUUCUGUCAGGGACAUCAUGGCGGUGCAGCCACAAAACCAACUACCAUGGCAGGAAACUUGCAGCUCAACCCUGAAGAUCACCGGAUGAAGAAAACAUCUUCAACUACGAUCAGAUCCUCAUCAGAAUUGUCAAGAUGGGCACCAGGUGUGAUGAACAUGGUGGCCGAAGCACUUUUGACCCAGAUUGUCAACAGGCAACCAAGGAUCUCGACUUUGUCAUGGGAGGAGCAUCUACGUCAUGGACAUAUCCCUUUCAGGCGAGAUUGCCUGGUGUGCCAACAAUCGCUACAGCAACAACCGCCUCACAGAAAAGUGAAGCAUCCACUUGGAGGAGUCUUGUCAAUUGAUACAACAGGACCCUUCAUCAGAGCCUACGAUGCCGGUGGCUAUCAGUCUGCCUACAUCUUGGUUGGUGCUCUCACCUGGACCGUGCCCAAAGACUCCAAGAUCAAGGAGGAAGAAGUGCCGGAGCUAGAAGGUGAAGCCCCAAGCUUUGAAGCGAAGAAAGAUGAGGAGAUGAUCCCGAUUGAAGAUCAACCUGAACAACCACCUGAAGAGCCUCAGGGAAUCUUUGACGAUGAAGUUCCAGAAGAUGAGGAGUGUCAAAGGGCCCCAGAGGGUGAGGAUGAAGUUCAAAGAGAAGAAGGAGACCAAAGACUUGAAGAGAAAGAAGGUGAGGCUGAAAAGAAAGAGGAGUUUGAGACGCGAGUUUUUCGUCUUGCAGCUCCUAUGUACUCCAAGAAGGCCACAGAAGUCACUCGUGUGGUGAUGGACAUGAUGCUACGUCUCAGAGCUGACGGGUAUCACAUCGGCCACAUCCAUAGCGACCAAGGUCAUGAGUUCCAAGGGCAUUUCAAAAGAUGGUGCAGAGAAAGAGGAGUGCUCUUGACAAGGACCCCUGGUGAUGACCCGAGGGCCAAUGGCCGUGCAGAGACAGCAGUGAAGUCACUGAAGACUCAAAUAAGAAGGGUUCUUCUUCAAGCACAAGCUGAACCAACUUGGUGGCCGUGGGCAACAAGAUACGUCAAUGAGCUCAAUCGUGCUGCCAGGCUAGCAAAGAGCCCGGAUUGGCCUCCCUUUCUCACGGAAGUCAUGGUCAGAAAGCGCAAAUGGAGAAGAGGAACUUUUGAAGUUUCCACUGAAAACGUCAGGUACCUUUGUCCUGCUCCAGAAGAACAUGGUCACUGGAUACUCCCAAAAGAUGAGAGGCCACGCGUCACGAAACUUCUCAUGAAAGCAGCACAUCUCCCUCUAGCAGAAGAAGGAUGGGUUGCUCUGGAACGUGAAGCAGUGGACGCCUUGAAUGUUCGAAGAAGAAUGAGGGGAAAGUCAGCGAUCAGAAAAUUUCAAGAGGAGGAUGGAGGAGAAGAAGAUGAAGAAAAGAAGCGGAGAGUUUGCAUGCUCCGCUUAAUCGAAAAAGAAAUGUGCCUCAUGGUCGAUGAUGACCCAGAACUGGCUUUGGAAGAGCUCCAAAUCUUGGCCAAAAUUCGGAAGAUGGCAUCAAUGCCGAAUGAGGAGGAAGAGAUUUUACAGACACGAAUCGUGUCACCAAAGGAGGUCGCAGAACACUGGCAAGAAUGGCUUCCUGCAGUUCAAAGCGAAGUCGCAUCUCUCCUCUAUGAAAAGCAGGCUUUCCGAGAGAUUGGCCCAGAAGAACUUGCUCUACUACAACACCAAGCUGAGAAGUCAGGAAAAGGGAUUGAGUAUAUCCCGUCCAAGCUGGUUUUCACCAGAAAGCCAGGCCUUGAUGGAGGAAAGAAAAAGAUGAGGUGGGUGGCAUGCGGCAACUUGGAGCCUAGAAAAGAAGAUGAAGAUAACUUCAGCUCAGGCGCCGAUGCAGCAGCGCUUAGAAUCUUGGUCUGGUGCGCAGCUCUCAAACAGUGGAGCGCAUCAAUCCUGGACGUGCGCACUGCCUUCUUGAAUGCAAAGAUGGUCUUGUCUGAAGAUGAGGAUGUGAUCCUUGUCAAGCCGCCUCUGCUCCUCACCGAGAAGAAGUACCUCAAAAGAGAUGUGUACUACCUGCCUGAAAAAGCCACCUACGGGCUUCGGCGCUCACCCAAGCUCUGGGGACUGACCAGAGAUGACACCAUAGCAGCCCUAGAAAUCCAGGGGGAGUACAACAACAAGAUGAUGGACUUCUGUUUUGAAGCCCUGCAGUCCGAGCCGAACCUUUGGCGUUUGAUGAACUCCAAAGACCCAGAAGACACCACCGUGUAUGCCCUGCUGAUGACGUAUGUGGAUGAUAUCAUGGUGGCAUCAUCACCCAAUUUGCUCAACAUCAUCCAGAAAAAGCUUCAAUCAACGUGGAGCACCUCACAGCCUGAGAUGGUCAGUGAAGCCCCAGUGCGAUUUCUUGGAGUUGAGAUUUCCAAGCACUGGUGCGAUCAAUCACAACGUGAUGUUUGGAUGGUGACGCAGCAGAGCUAUACCACAGAUAUGGUGCAGAAGGAGAAGGAUUUGAAGAUCAAAAAGAUUCCGAUUUCACGGGAUCAGUCACAGAUGGAGCCGUCAACAGAAGCUCCAACCACAGAAGAAAUUCGAGCGGCACAAAAAGCCGUAGGAGAAGUCCUCUGGCUCACCACCCGUGCCAGACCGGACAUUAUGUUCACGGUGGCCCGGAUGGGGUCGUCAGUGACGAGAGCCCCUGAAGCAGUCCUCAAGGUAUCCACCCAGCUCAAGGGAUACUUGAAGGCUACAACAGAUGAGGGCCUGAUCUUCAAGGUCGCUGAGAAUGAGCACCCAGUCCUCACGGUGUUCACGGACGCCAGCUUCGCUCCAGAUUCCCAGGAGUCUCACGGGUCCUUCAUUGUGAUGUUGGGGGCCACGCCUAUCUUCUGGCGAUCUGGGAGGCAGGGAUUCGUGACACUCAGCACAGCAGAAGCUGAGCUAACAGAAAUAGUGGAGGGAAUGAUCGCAGGUGAAUCAAUCUACGUCAUCCUGGCCGAGAUCUUUCCUAUGACCACCAAAGUGGUGAAAACCGACAGCAUGUCAGCACAAGCGAUCCUCACCACAGAUGGAGGGAAUUGGCGAACUCGCCAUUUACGCUUGCGCUGCUCCUUUGCCAGGCAGUCAAUUCUGGCAGGCGAGUGGUCUACACAGCAUGUGGCAGGAGAGUUCAUGCUGGCCGACAUCGGCACCAAACCGCUUGCUUCGGUGCGCUUUGAAUUUCUGAAGAAACUCAUGGGUAUGGGCACUUUGCCCCCAAAAGGUGAUGAAGAAAAGAAAGAAGGAGAAGAAAAGAAAGAAGGAGGAGAAAAGAAAGAAAAGGAGGAGAAAAGUGAAGAAAAAGAAAGUGAAAAGCAGGACGGUCCCUUGACCACUAAAGACAGCCACCGUUUGGCUGAAGCAGCUCAGGUUCUUCGCCUGAUCACUAUGGCGGCGACUAUGUCAAUUUCGAAGGCAGCGCGAGAUGGAGACGAAGCAGAAGAAUCGAUAUCUUUUGAGAUCAUCAUUCUUUACACAUUUGUGGUGGUCAUCGUAACUUUGAUGGCACAGCGAAUUUGGGAAGCUGGAGUACGGGGAGUAGAAUGUCUGCGACAGCACGUUUCUGCUCAACCUGGAAGUCACUCUGAAGGCGCUGUGAGAAGCAGUUCAAGUAUGUCCUCAAGGGAGAACUUGCCAGCUUCAGCGGCAUCAAACACCAGCCGCUCCACCGAGGUGAUCGAAAGACCAUCAACGAUGCCAACUGCUUCGCUACCAGAUCAACCUGCUCCGCUGCCACGUGGUGAAGAACGAGCUCAAGAAACAGGAGAUCAAGCUCCGCUACCAGAAACUCAGGCUGGAAGCACAACAGUGCCAACGUCCUCAACGCCAAGACCUCAAAAUGUUCCACCAGGAAAUGAUUGCCUACGUGAAUGGAAUGAGAUUGAACGCGAAGAGCGGCUGAUCACAGCCGAACUGACUCAUGCACCUCCAGGCCAUCCUUUGCUUGGACCAGCCCACAACCAGUUGAACGAGUAUGAAACAGUGGAUUUGCCGUUUUUGGUGAUAACCUCAAGAAGCGGAACAGUUUACCACUGCCACUGGGAUUGCCGGUAUUUAACUGCCCCGGCGACUGGUGCGAGGAAAAACAGGCGAUGGUGUUUGGAAUGCAGAAGAGAAGCGGUUCAAUCUGGCGUUUUUCCUUCACAUGGUGCUGCGAUGUUCAUUUCAAGCUGGGAGUCAGAUGCGCACUCUAAUCCAAUGUGCGAAAGAGCUGAAGGAUCAAAAACAUUCAGCCUUUGCACUGCAUGUUUGGAUGUGAAUAGGUAG